AACAUGGGAUUUUUAACUAUUCUCAAGAAAAUGAAACAAAAAGAAAAAGAAAUGCGAAUACUUUUACUUGGACUGGAUAAUGCGGGCAAAACAACCAUCCUGAAGCGCUUCAAUGGGGAACCGAUCGACCAGAUAUCGCCCACGCUUGGAUUUAACAUCAAAACCCUACAUUACAACGAUUACGUGCUAAAUAUGUGGGAUGUCGGAGGUCAAAAGUCGCUCCGUUCUUACUGGCGCAACUACUUCGAGUGUACCGACGGACUCAUCUGGGUCGUCGAUAGUACCGACCGAAUGCGCAUGGAGUCGUGUCGAGAAGAGCUCAUGGUGUUGCUGCAGGAGGAACGGUUGGCGGGGGCCACACUGCUGGUGCUUGCGAACAAACAGGACCUACCGGGAGCACUGACGGCUAACGAAAUCAAAGACAUUCUACAGCUGGAUAAAAUAGAAACCCACCAUUGGUCAAUUCAAAGCGUCAGCGCCGUCACCGGAGGCAAACUGGUGGAGGCCAUCGACUGGUUGGUGGAGGAUAUUUCCAAAAGAAUCUUCACCUUAGACUAACAUGAUUUACGCAGUGCUUACAGUUCUAUUUUUUGGGAUUUAUUAAAUAAGUUAAUAUCGUUACAAUCGUGACGAGCUGUUCCAAAGGCGGUGCUUGGUUUUCGCAUUGCUUUUAUCACCCGCGGUCAGUGGUGUCAAGUGCGCCGAAUCGACAAUAUUUCUGCAAACACAUAAGUAAUUGAUUACGUUCGGUUCGCCUUAAAGAUGGAAGUAGAUAGGAACAUACUUGAAUUCGUCAUAAUUCUUCGACGUCCGCACCGCCCGCAGUUUGGCGUCGUUCCGCAGCGAGUAUAGGGCAUCCUCUCGGAUUUGCUCUAAGCAACGCGCCUCUAGGGCGAUGAUAUCCUCUCGGCUGAUCAUUCUUUACACUCCGAAGUACGCUACGUUCUGUCAACAAACUCGUUGCCCGUGGAAACCAAUA